GGCGCGCAGAGCAUGGCAGCAGGCGCGGAGCGAGGCCGCGGGGGCGCGGGCUGGGGGCUGCGCGGCGCCCUGGCCGCGGUGGCGCUGCUCUCGGCGCUCAAUGCUGCAGGCACGGUGUUCGCGCUGUGCCAGUGGCGCGGGCUGAGCGCUGCGCUCCGGGCGCUGGAGGCGCAGCGGGGCCGGGAGCAGCGCGAGGACAGCGCCCUGCGCGCCUUCCUGGCGGAGCUGAGUCGCGCGCCUCGCCGGGCGCCCGCGCCACCCCCAGACCCCGCGAGCGCCGCGCGCAACAAGCGCAGUCACGGCGGGGAGCCUGCGCAGCACAUCCGUGCCGAGAGCCACGACAUGCUGAUGAUGAUGACCUACUCCAUGGUGCCGAUCCGGGUGAUGGUGGACCUGUGCAACAGUACCAGGGGGAUCUGCCUCACAGGACCACCUGGCCCAGCAGGGCCUCCCGGAGUCAGUGGAUUACCAGGACACAAUGGAUCAAACGGACAGCCUGGUCCCCAGGGCCCAAAAGGCGAAAAAGGAGCCAAUGGAAAAAGAGGAAAAAUGGGGCCACCUGGAGCCACAGGAACUCCAGGGGAAAAGGGAGACCCUGGUGAGCUGGGCUUGCCUGGAAAUGAGGGCCCAGCAGGGCAGAAGGGUGACAAGGGAGACAAAGGGGACGUGUCCAAUGAUGUGCUCCCCGCAGGUACCAAAGGUGACCAAGGCCCACCUGGCCCACCUGGCCCACCUGGGCCCCCAGGCCCUCCAGGUCCUCCAGGUCCCCCUGGAAGCAGAAGAUCCAAAGGCCCUCGGCAGCCAAACAUGUUCAACGGCCAGUGCCCAGGUGAGACGUGUGCUGUACCAAAUGAUGAUACCUUGGUUGGAAAAACUGAUGAGAAAGUCAGUGAACACCAUUCCCCACAAGCAGAAUCCAUGAUCACAUCCAUUGGAAAUCCAAUACAAGUGUUGAAAGUUAAAGAGACGUUUGGGACUUGGAUAAGAGAGUCUGCUAACAAGAGUGAUGAACGCAUCUGGGUGACUGAACAUUUCUCAGGCAUCAGGGUGAAGGAAUUCGAAGACCAGCCCUCACUGCUGAACGGCAGUUACACGCUCAUCCACCUCCCGUACUAUUUCCACGGCUGUGGGCACACUGUUCACAAUAACUCUCUCUACUACCACAAGGGAGGCUCCAACACCAUAGUGAGGUUUGAAUUUGGCAAAGAAACAUCCCAAACUCUGAAGCUUGAAAAUGCCUUGUAUUUUGAUCGAAAAUACCUCUUUGCGAAUUCCAAGACGUACUUCAAUUUAGCUGUAGAUGAAAAGGGCCUUUGGAUUAUCUAUGCUUCCAGCGCGGACGGCUCAAGCAUCCUUGUUGCACAGCUGGAGGAGAGGACCUUCUCCGUGGUGCAGCACAUCAACACUACAUACCCCAAGUCCAAGGCUGGCAACGCCUUCAUCGCCCAAGGGAUCCUCUAUGUCACUGACACCAAAGAUACGAGGAUAACGUUUGCCUUUGAUCUGUUAGGAGGGAAACAGAUCAAUGCAAACUUUGCUCUAAGAACUUCGCAGUCUGUUCUUGCCAUGUUAUCAUACAAUAUGAGAGACCAGCAUUUGUAUUCUUGGGAAGAUGGCCAUUUAAUGCUUUAUCCUGUGCAAUUUCUGUCAGCCGCAUUACACCAGUGAUAGGAAGCCUUCUAUUCCCCUCAGUAAAUUUCAGCUGUUCUCUGGUACCAUGUGUGUCCCAAUAGGAAACUUGUCUUUAAGGGCGGUCAGGUAAUUAGCUGUCAUAAUCGCACGACAUGGGCGCUUAUGUGGUGUUUCCCCUUUAAUUCUGAUUCUGUAGGGGGAAAUAACAGACUGGAACUCAAAGAUGGCUGGCAUUUGGUAAUUCCUUCACAAACUAGCUGGGCAAGUUACCUCUGCCUCUUUAGGUCUUGUUUUUCCCACUGGUAAUAUGAAAGGGCUGGCUAAGCUGAUUGGUAAGGUUUCCUUACCUGUAGGGAAUUCUGUGAUUCCUAGCUGUUGCUGCUCUCGCAACUUUUAUGUAUUUGGUUUUGGAUUUUAUUUUUGGCUUUUAGCCAUGGCUGAGCAGAUUUACCUCUGAGUUGAUCAGCCUGGUGGCCUGAGCAAUAAAUUCCUUAGUGCCGACUUAUGUUUAUUGUUUUGGAAGUUGCACUGACCCUUUAAGGCUGUUGAGGUACCUUAUUACCCCUAACUUAUUACCUUUCUCUGCAUCUUCACCUGCCACCAGAGCGUCAAAGUGGGCAUCAUCCUUAGCUCCUGAUUACCCCGCCAAAAUUAGCCAAAGCCAGGAAUAGCUGCCUGCAUUGAAGCAGAAACAGGCGCUUCUGGAUUCCUGUCAAUUUCUGACCAUGCCGACCUGCAGCUGGGCUCGUAAACAUUGAAUCUGCAGGUCUUGCAGGGUCUUUCUGCCCUAGAUCUGGAUCUGCUCUCAGAGCAAACACUGUGCAAGUGGACAUUAAUCCAGCGAGAACCUUGAGAGGCACUUUGCAGUUUUCAGAAGAAAGGUGCCAUUCGUGGGUAUUAUCUAGAACAGGGAUGGGCAAACUGUGACCCUUGGGCCAAAGGCAGCCCAUCAUUUCUGUAAAUAAAGUUUUAUUCAACACAAUCAGAGGCAUUUGCGUAUUAUCACAGUCACCGGCGUAUUAUAGGCUGUGACUACUUUUGCUGUAUACUGGCAGUGUUGAAUCACUCUAAGAAAGUUGAGUAACAGCUCCCCAAACCUAAAACAUUUAUUUUCUGGCCCUUUACAGCAGUAGUUUGCCAACCCCUGAUCUAGAAUAGUAAAGUGAGCCUGAUUCUUAGAAGGGCUUAUUCACCUGAGCCUGUUUGUUAUAUUUUUUUUUGUUUCAGACUAAAAAGUGGUCAUUUAUAUGCUUUGAGUUUAUAGUAAAGCGCAAGGGUGAGAACAGCAUAAAAUUAAGUGUGUCCCCCAAAAGAGCAGUUGAUGAACUGUUCUUACCCUAAUGUAGUUUUUCUUUUUAAUAUAUGUUAUCUGGCUUUUUUCUCCUUGUGACUUUUUAAAAAUUUUUAAUUGGUGGACAAUUACUUUAUAACUACCCAAAUAUAGUUUUAAAGAAUGUGAUCUGGUCCCUUUGGAUGCCAGGAGAAAAUCCAGUUUAACUUGCUCCUAGUUCAGUUCAGUCGCUCAGUUGUGUUUAACUCUUUGCAACCCCAUGAACCGCAGCACGCCAGGCUUCCCUGUCCAUCACUAACUCCCAGAGCU